ACGGCAACCACGGUGUUGGGGCUUUGCGUUGCUCGGUAAAGUCGGGUCCCCGAGAAAGAUUGCUGCUUGUUGUCAUGAUUAAUUUCGAAAUCGUAAGUUUUCUUCCGUAAGGGGCUCGCAGUGCAGUCAGAUAUGAGCGAGGAAUGCCAAUUGAAAAAUCCAAUGAGAGAUUCCACACUCAGCACCACACAGGCAGAGGAAACAUCAACCAUGGUUAGCUCAGCUAUUAGGAAUUAUGGGACUACCCACCAGCUGGACAUAGCAGACACCACUGACUCCCGCACAGAUGAGGAUGAUGAGGAACUGCCAAAGAUGAAGCAGUUAUGUAAAGAUCUAAAUGAGAAACUGAGGACCACACAGCUGCUUGUGACCUUCAGUGGUAACCGACCUGUUAUAAGUCUCAGGCCACCACCAGAACGGGUCAACUUCACAUGCGGCAUCCGCUGGCCGAUAGAGUGUGAGGUCAUCAGCGACAUUAUCCAUCACAUAGAGUGGGACCCACCAAAGCCAGAGCCCUUCUAUCAGUCCACAGGAUAUGAGAGGACACCCAUGCCAGUCGGAGAGGAGAGGGGGAAGGUGGUAUUCUGCAUAGACCAUGCCACUAAGCACCCCUAUUUCACCUACUCUCGUAUUGGAGGGAGCAGGGAGCCCAUUAAGCGAGCCACUUUUUAUGAUGUCAAUGAGACAGACCUGAUCCUUGAGUUUGAGUCGCGCUUUGAGAGUGGGAACCUUCAGAAGGCCGUCCAAGUGGGUGCCCGUGAUUAUGAGCUUACCCUGCGCACAGACAUGUACACCACAAAGCACACGCAGUGGUUUUACUUCAGGGUCAGAAACAUGAAGGCUGGAGUCACCUACCGCUUCACUAUCAUCAACCUGAUGAAGAGCAGCAGUCUGUAUUUACAGGGUAUGAAACCACUCCUCUACUCUGAGAGAGAUGCUGAAGAGAACGGUGUUGGAUGGCAACGUGCAGGCUCCAAUAUCAAAUACUAUCGGAACUGCAGUCAGAAUACAAAGGAAAGCAACAGUGACACCAUCACCUUUUACUCACUCUCCUGGACUCUCCAGUUCCCUUAUGACUCAGACACCUGCUACCUGGCCCACUGCUACCCCUACACCUAUUCACGCCUGCAGCGCUACCUUAGUCAUAUUACUUCCAACCCUGCUGUUAAGUCAUACUGUAAAGUGCGGGUCCUGUGCCAAAGUCUUGCUGGGAAUGCUGUGUAUGUGAUAACAAUAAUGCCCCAGGACUCUGGCAGGAUGGACAAGACCAAGAAGGCUGUGGUGGUGACAGCCCGAGUGCACCCAGGAGAAUCCAAUGCUUCCUGGAUGAUGGAGGGAUUCCUGGGCUUUCUGCUUGGGGACUCAGCUGAUGCUCAGCUUCUCAGGGACACUUUUAUUUUUAAGGUGGUACCAAUGUUGAACCCAGAUGGUGUGGUGGUCGGCAACUACCGCUGCUCUCUCGCAGGCAGUGACCUCAACAGAAAAUACAGGACAUUGCUCAGAGAUUCCUUUCCUUCCGUGUGGCACACCCGGAACAUGGUGGAAAAACUAAUGGCCGAGAGAGAUGUAGUUCUUUACUGUGAUUUUCAUGGCCACAGCCGAAAAAACAAUGUCUUCAUGUAUGGCUGCAGCAACAAGGUUGAUGCUUCUCUGACACUUCACGAGAGAGUCUUUCCACUAAUGAUGAGCAAGAAUGCUAGUAAUAAGUUCUCCUUUAACACCUGUAAAUUUCGGGUGCAGAAGAGCAAAGAGGGCACAGGGCGAAUUGCCAUGUGGAGACUUGGCAUCAAAAACAGCUACACCAUGGAGGCCACCUUUGGAGGCUCCACUCUGGGCGACAGGAGAGGAACACAUUUUACUACUCAAGACUUGAAGUCCAUGGGUUUUCACCUGUGUGACACCCUGCUGGACUACUGUGACCCUGAUCCAAUGAAGUCCACUUACUGUCUGACAGAACUGGCUUCACUACAAAAGGCGGUGAGAGAAGGAUUGGGCAAAGAUUUGGGAAACAUCUCCGUAUCUGACCUCGAAACCAGCACAAGUGGUUCAGAUAGUUCAGAUUCAGAUGGACUUCCACUUCAUUUGCUGGACCAGCCCAAAAAUGCACAUACAGAGCAAACUCCAGUGAAGAAAAAAAAGAAACACGUAAGGAGUCACAAAGCGAGGAAGAGGCAGCGACCAGACAGAGUGAAGGCCAACACGCAGCCAAAGGAGUCCAACCUGUGCCAUGACACAACAGUCAAAGACAGCAUCCAAAAGAGGCCUGCUGAACAUCAUAGGAAGAAACUUCAGGUAAACAACCUGAUAAGAAAAACUCCUCCUGUCACUCACUGCAGGGAGGUCAGCCAGGUGAGGCUGUGGCAGGGCUGUGAGCCUGCAAAGCUGCCUUGCACUCCACAAGCACGCCCACUUCACAGCGCAUACACAUGUGCAUCACCCCAUAGAGGUGAUCUGGACAUGGAGAAAAGACAGUGGGGAUACUCGUCUCCGUUGCUGCACCUGAGUACUCUUAUUCCACCUUCACCAAAAAUCAUAAACUCCAGCCUCUGGCGAACUUUUACCCCCUACAAAGUCUACAGAGGGUUGCCACCUUUGCUUACAUUGCCACACAGAUCUCCAACAGUCACAUAUGUGAAUAUGUCUCCAGAAAUUAUUCCCAGAAGGCGUUUACUGUCAUGUUUCUCCACCAACCAAUUCAGUGGCCAGCGCAUUUUUAGAGACGAAAGGUCUUCAUGGCUCUCAGAUUACUCUGACCCAAAAGAGUCCUCCACCUCAUGCACGGACAUAACCAAGGCCAAAUGGUAUAAAGGGGAAGAUGAUUCCUCAGAAGUGGAUUCACCACUGCUCAGAUGUGGAGAGCAGAACCUGAAAAACAAUUGUGACACCUCUCUGAAGAAGCCUGGAUCAAGCUGCAGGUUUUUUGUGCCUGUGCUGAGGGACCUAACAGGAAUAAGGAUAAGCAACGACAAAAGACACGGAGGUAUUUUACCUCCAUCCCUCAUGAAAGAACUUCCACGUCCACAGAGUGACACAGCCACUGGGCUUCAGGAUGUGAGCCUCUUUGGAAGAGAAAGCCAAAUGAGCAUGACUCCACAUGACGCAAUGGUCAUGAAGACAUCACAGUCAGCCAUACACAAGGGAAAAACAUAGUUUCUAAUCUGAGAACAACAGACAGUUUUUAUUCUCUGGUCAAUGAUGGGAAGUUUUUUUGGUGGAUGAAGAAACAUCUGGAUAAAAUUUCUCAGUAUGAAUCAGCGAGAAGUGAAACCCCCAAGGAUAGUUUAAAAAUGC